AUCAUCGUCAAAUCAUCGUUUUCAAUACUCAAAAUUCUUAGGAAAAUGUGAUGGAAAAUCUCGAUAGAAUUCCUGAUAUUAACUGCAGUAAUGUUUCAGUUUAGUUUAGACGAGGCGAUCGCCAAUCCACCGGCUUUGAUUGCGGAAAAUCCUUCUGAUAUUGAAGAUAAAUGCUCAGGAGAGAAAGUUAAGAAGCUCUCCAAGGCUGGCUUGGAUAGGAUCAAGGUAGCUGAGGAAAUAAAUGGAUCGGUGUUGUCUCGUUGGAGCGAUCGUGCUAGCUUUCAAAGCUUUAUGAAUGCAAUUGCAACGCUUAGCGCCAAGAAACACCAAGAAACGCUACAAAAACAGCAACAAAACAAGGAAAUGAUUGAUAAGUUUCGAUUUUUUAUGCAACAAGGUCAGCAGAUAAUGGGAAAACAACAAUAUCAGAGGACUGUACCAUCUCUACAAGAACAAUCUAAAACAUUCAAUCUAUUUACAAACCAGCAACCAGUUGUUGUUCAAGAUAAUUCGACUAAACCAACCGCCUCCCCAAACAACCUAAUUUCAACUGAGCCAAAGGUUUCCUCACCUGCACAAACAAUACCAAAGGUUAGAAAAGUUAUGAAGGGAGGCAUACUGGUAUCUCUGCCAAUCAAUGCUCGUCACCCUCCUGAGGGUAAGCCGCCUGAAGGACUACCCAGGGGGGAAAGUGGACCAGUUGCAAACAAUGAUAAAGAGGACGGUUUCGGAAAUAUUCUGGACGAUAUUCUGGCGAGAACCCAGAGUUCACAGGAGACAAAUACUGUGACAGUAAAGAGAUCUAUGUUGUCAAAAGCUGCAAAUCAGAAUGCUAGAGCGAAAAAAAUAACCGACAGUAAAGGGGGAAAGGCUGCAAACACAUACACGCCUCAAGCAAUUCCAAACAAGACUGGGGGAAAGCCACCUCUGACACUGACUGAUAAUAAUGAUUUGGAUGAUCAAUUGAUUAGUUUCCCGGGUAGCGAAAAAGCUUCAAAAUCUAAUGUUGUAUGCUUAGGAAGUGGUCCAUUUGAUGCUCAACAAAGCAAAGCUCAACUAGCUACCAUCAUGGUAAGCACGACAGAGCUGAACUCUAAUAUUGACAGAGAAAGCAGCAGACUUGAGCCAUCUGAACUGAACACAAAUCAAUUAAUUUCAACUGUAUCAGGCUGUAAAAAUCUCCCUGCUAUUACAACUAAAACUAAUGCCAAUCCUGGUAGUGAUUAUGAAAAGGAUGAUAAUCUAACAACAGAUGGUGAAAUUCAAAAGGAUUAUAGUAAAAAUGAUGGUCAGGCAAAGCUCCUCAACAAGGCUAGGAAUGAUAGUAAAGAUGAUUCAGAAAUUCACAUAACACCAGAUCCCGCAACUGAUAAAGACAGCAUUGCAAAUCAUUCAGAAAGUUAUCCCAGAGUAUUAAAUAAUGAGAUUGUUAGUGGGAAUUCCAACAGUCCAGGAGGGGAUACAUUUCACCCCAGCGUGGAAUCAGACAUUGAUACAGUGAAAACUGAUAAACCUUCUAUAGGUAUUUUAGAAUGUGAAGAUAUCACUUCCAGGGUUACAUCUAGCUGCGAAGUAGCUGGUUUAGCCAAAGUAGGCAUUGAAAAACAGGGUAUAACAGACAGUGAACAAAGCCCCACAUCCCUUACCUCUGACAUUAUUGUUAGUGCUAAACCAAGUAUUGAAAGAAAGUGUGACAUUGAACUCAAACCAGACCCCAUGACUGUAAUUACUUCUCAUAGUGUGGUGACUGCUGAACAAGAUAGUAAACCAGACCCUUUGCAACACAUUCCUGCUUCUCAAAACCACGAAAUUGAUCAGAAUGUUCUACCCAUUAGCCAGGUGAAAUUGUCUGGUAACGAUGAUGGUCUGGUUAACAAAACUCUGCAUGAAACUGAAACUAGUCAAGCUGAUGGAAAUCUUGAUUUUUCUGAUAACCUAAACAAAAAAACUGGAUGUGAGCAAGACAUAAACUCAAGUCUUUCUCAAGAAGACUGUGAUAGAACUGAAGGUGGAAUUAAUGCAGAGAAUAGUUCUGUAUCUGGUGAUCUUGUAAUAGAUAUAGACUGUGAAAGUGAUGCAAUAAAAAAAAUAUUACCCACACCAAGAAUAACAAGAAGAAUGAGAUAUUUAAGUUUUACGACGAGUGAGUCCAGUGACUGUGAUGAACAAACAAUAUCUUCGUUUGAUUGGAUAAGAAAGUUGAAUGAAAAAAAAAGUGAAGAUAAUAUUGAAAAUAAAAAGCAAACCGCAAGUUUUACUGGUACUCCACAAGAAAAUAGUUCCAGUCAGCCUGGUAAAAAUAAUAAACCGUCUUAUACUAAAAGAGAAUUUGUGCCAACAAUAUCACAAAACCAACAACAAACCCUGGCUACAAAGUGCACACAUGAAGACAAUGAUAUGAACGCCAAUAAAGGGAAAGGUUUUGAAGUGAAGGGGAAUGCAGGUGCAACGAAAGAUCCAGAAGUGGAUGAAAGAAAAGGAAAAGAAGAUGAUGGGAAAUUCACAGUAGAAACAGGGGAUUUUAUGUUAAACAAUGCACCAGAAUUCUACAAAAGACGAGUGACAAGAUCUAUGUCUCAAAGUGACCUGGAUUUAUCACGCGACGGUUAUAAAGAAAGCUUUCCCAAACAAGGAAAGAGAAAUUCCCCCGAGCAACCAACCCGAAGAUCUCAAAGAAGACGGCCAGAUUCGAGUAUUGAUGAUCAGAAACGACAAAGGAUUUCACGAGAAAGAUCACAAGAACAGCGAAGACCUUCAGAAGGUAGAUCACGAAACGGUCGUGGACGUAAUGCUGAACGAAGGUCAAACAGUAGCGGUCAAAAGGGAAGAUCUAGAACACCACAUAGAGAAGCUGAGGUCGGCGAAUGUAAACGUAAAACAAGCCAUGAAAAGAGCCAUACAUCAAGCGGUUCCCGUGAUGGUAAACGCAGAAAAUCGUACCCAGGAAAACAAGAACCAAAAGUUGUUAUUGAAAAAGAAGUCGAUGAUCCUCCUAGUUUGUUGUCGAUGGUUUCUGGUGAGACCUUUGAUGUCACUGUUGCACAACAGGAAUUGUCUGAUAAACGAAAAAAUAAUAAACGGAAAGGAAGGAAAAAGAAGGCAAAGAUAACGGAGUGGUUUUUAAGAAAAGAAAGAGAGAAAAAUAUGCAACGAACAAGAGACAAUCCAGUCGUGAAAGAACGGCCUCUGUGUUUGUUUUACAGCGGUGGAAAGUGUUCUAAAGGCGAAACUUGUGAGUUUAAGCACGAGAAAAUCAAAGAGUUAUGUCGAUAUUAUGUUGUGAAUGGUUGUGAUAAUGAUGUGUAUGGAAUGUGCCCUCGAAUGCAUGGUGAAUUUCCGUGCAUGUUCUUUCACCUGCGUGGAUAUUGUGCGAAGAAUGAUGAUUGUAAAUACUCACAUGCAGCUCUGACUGAAGAAACUCAAGGCAUUUUAGAGAAGUAUGUUGCUGAGACCGCGGAAAGGAAGCAAGCACAAGAAAGAAAUAAUCCACCACCAUCCAGUAAUCUCACUACUGCCACCGGCAACUCUGGAUUUUGCUCUAACCCUGGAUUGAGCUCUAACUUUGGAUUGAGCUCUAAACCUGGAUUGAGCUCUAAACCUGGAUUGAGCUCUAACCCUGGAUUAAGCUCUAAUCCUGGAUUGAGCUCUAAUCCUGGAUUGAGCUCUUCUCUCCUACUAACACAGCCACUCAGUUCACCAUCAGUGACAGGACGAAGUGUCCAACGUUUGUGUUCCCUCUCGUCUUACAAGCCUCAGUUGCUGUCAUCUCUCGCAAGCACUGUUAGAACAGUUGGAAAUCGACCAGAAAACGACGCCAGACAGACAGAUGCUAUCAAAGAGUUCCUGCCUGGGAUGUUUAAAGAGAGAUAAACUCUAACGGGGAGCUAACAAGAUCCUCGGUCAUUGAAAUACAUAUAAUAUAAAAGAACUGUAUAUUAAAACCUUUGUUUCUAUGUAUUUGUGGUGCGGUCGUGUCUUUGAAAUCUCUGAUUUUAAGACGA